AUGGUGCAGGAUCCGACAGUAUUUGACGUUCUUGUUAUGCCAAACCUCUAUGGUGACAUUCUGAGCGAUCUGGCUGCCGGGUUGAUUGGUGGACUGGGAGUCACGCCUAGUGGAAACAUUGGUGAAGAAGGUGCUAUUUUCGAGUCGGUAAGGAGCUCAGCCUCAGUUUUGUUAAAUAUCUACCAACAUUCACAUUUUCGUUGGACCUAUAAUCAUGCACAUGAAUAA